UUAUUUUUCUUUUAUGAUUUGUCUGACACUACAGAUGACGAUGCAGAGGUACUUGUGAUCAACCUUUCAAAGACAUACCAGAGUGUGCUUGGGUUCGGAGGUGCGUUUACUGACUCUGUUGGAAUAAAUUUGAACUCUCUACCAAAAAACAUGCGAGAGGAUAUCCUGAUGUCCUACUACUCCAAAGAAGGAAUCGAAUACAACAUCGGCAGAAUCCCGCUGGCUAGCACUGACUUCUCUGUACGCAAGUACACGUACGACGACUCUCCAUACGACUUCGAGUUGAACAACUUUACCCUUGCCCCGGAAGACUUCAACCUCAAGAUCCCCUACAUUAAAAAGGCCAUGGCUGUCUCAAGUGACUUCGUUUGGUUCUUCGGAAGUUCCUGGAGUAGUCCGGCCUGGAUGAAAACCAAUGAGAAACUGGAGGGUCUAGGUUUUCUCAGGGGCGAACCGGGUGGGCCUUACUACAAGACAUGGGCAAAUUAUCACGUCAGGUUCGUGCAGGAGUAUGAGAACCAGGGAGUUCCCAUCUGGGGUCUGACGACACAGAACGAGCCAACGUCGGGAUUUCUCCCGUUCUAUCCCUGGCAGACACUCGGCUUCACGCCGUGGAAUCAGAGAGAUUUUGUCAAUAGCGAUCUUGGGCCGGCUCUGGAAGAGGCCGGCUACGGAGCGGGUAAAGUCAAGGUCAUAAUCUUCGACGACAAUCGCCUCUUUCUUCCGUUCUGGGCAAACGUGGUCCUAAGCGAUGAUGAGGCAGCAAGGUACGUGCACGGAGUUGCUGUCCACUGGUACAUGGACAAAUUGAUCGGCCCGUCUGUACUGGACGAAGUGCAAGAGACUUACCCGGAUAAGUUCAUCCUGGCCACUGAAGCCUGCACCGGAUACAAGAUUACGACCGUGAAUAAAGUCAAGCUUGGCAGCUGGGAUCGCGCCGAGCAGUACGCCAGCGACAUACUCGAGGACCUCAAUCACGGCGUGGGUGGUUGGACAGACUGGAACCUCAUUUUAAACACGGAAGGCGGACCCACUUGGGUCGGAAACUAUGUCGACGCGCCCAUUAUUGUGAACGCCACUGCUGAAGAGUUCUACAAGCAGCCAAUGUAUUAUGCUAUGGGUCACUUCAGCAAAUUCAUUCCGAGAGGCAGCAUCAGGGUUGAUUCAAGUCUGGAGCAAAAUGACAUCCUAGGCUUCUUUGGGAAGGAGCUGGAGCACACAGCCUUCUUGAGACCGGAUUCAGCAGUCGCUGUGAUUGUCCUAAACAAAGGCAACAGCGAAACCACGUUGCACAUUAAAGACGUGGUUAACGGUGUCAGCUUUCAGAAGGUCAUCAAGAAACGCUCCAUAACAACGCUCAUCUGGAAACCUUAGAGCUUUCUCCUGGUAUUAGACAAUCGUGCAGCAUCACUGGCAUGGCAUUCCGUUCAA